UGACAGAGCUUGAGAUGUAUGUUUUCACUUGUUGUACUGAGGAAAUAUUUAUGUAUCUAACAAGAAGACUUAACUUAAUGGAUGAAAAUGAGUGCAUAGAUGAGAAUAGUUUGCAAAUUUACAUCUCAGUCUUGGAUAGAUUGUGGAAUGUACAACAUCAGCAACCAGGGAACCUGGUUACCAGCUGUCUUCUCAAGCUUAUCAAUGGCAGCAUUCCAAUCUUAACAAGACCUCUAAAUAUUACAUCACAAAAGGAAGUUCUCCGCUUUAUCGCCAUCAGCAAAGUUUUAGGGUGGUUGAUGUCCUCUUCUGUUUCUUUGUCUGCGCCUGUAAACACUUCAAUUCUAAAUUCCAUUGGUCCCAUAGAUAUAUUUGUGAAAUGCUCCCUCAAAAUGGCUUCAUUUAGAGAUACCCUUGGGACUGCAGAAAGAGGUUCUUUAAUCAGUAUGUACCUUGAGAGUAAAUGGAACAGCCUUUUGCAGCUGCUGCAGAGAUAUUCAUCUGAGGUAUAUGCAUCAUGUAAUCCAGAAGACAUCCUGCCAGCAUGUCUGGCUGAUCUGUCGAUUAUGCAAGGAGCUGAGGUCAUGCCAGCAAUGCAGUGUGUUGAGCUUCUUUUGGCAAAGGUUAUUAGCAAUCCUUCUAGUUGUCUAGAAGCUCUGGACGUAUGUUGGAAUGUUGUCCAAGACUCUGAAAGAGGACAACGAGUGUACCGUGCUUGUUUAGAAGCAUUCAUUAAAAUCGCCUUUCAAAGAGAUCUUAUGAAAUCUGAUUCAGAUAUUUUGACUGGCAAAUUGAAAGAGAUUGCCAAUGACUUUUUUGUUGCCGGAGAGAACAAACAAGGGCUAGUGAACUUACUGGCCAAUCAAAUGUCUGAAUCACUACUGGCUUUAGCAGUAGACGACCCACAUCAAUGUGUCUCUACAGCAUUAAGAUAUUUGGAUGUCCUCCUUAACUUCUAUUUAUUUUGUCCAUCACUGAACAAAGACUUAAGGUAAGUAAGUAGAUUCAAGGUAAUAUCAUUUUACAUUUGUAGCACUGUACAUAUAAAAAUAAUCAAAAUAUUAAUUGUUGCAACGGCAUUGAUUCCAUAUAUUACUUUAUUAUAAUACAGCUGAAACUUCUGGAGUAUUUUUAGCUU